CUCUUAUACUCCCCAAGCACAACCCUAAGCUAAUUCCCUCUCAACACACUCCGAGAGUAGGAAACAUGUCAUCGCAGGCAGCGGUCAAAGUCGCGCAAGCCACCAACCGCGUCAUCGACGUCAAAAAAGUAAUCGCAUCCCCUUCCUCUGCCGAUUUCUUUUCCCAAACGGCCCAUUGCGAAAGGGAAAGAAACUAACACGACCCCUCUGUAGAAAUACACAGUUCAAUCUACCGGAAUCUGGGAGCUUGUCCGUCGCUUCUUCGCCGUAGACCCUACCCGCUCCAAUGGUGUCCCUCUCAAUCCCCAAUUCCGCAACCCACCCCCAGGAUCCAACGAUCCCCUCUCCUUCAAAGAUCCCGUUACCCUCCCCGCAGGCGACAUCGCCGAUAACCCAUACUGGAAGCGCGACGCAAGACGUAACUACCCACAGCUCUCCUUUGUCAACCAGGCAGAUGCCGUAGCGCUAUUGAGCAUUGGAAGUGCGAGUGCGCCCAAGAAGGAAUUGAUCGGGGAAGCUGGCAGCAAGGAGCUGAUGACUGUGAAGGAGGAGGGAGAGACGGGAUUAUCUGCUUACUUCAGUAAAGAGGGGAAAUCGGGGGUCCUGGCUGCGCUUGGGAAGGAUGGUAUGCCUCCUUUGCCUAGUGGAGCGAGUUUGAAGGUUGGGGCGGAUAAGUAUAAGUUGACGGAGGAGAAUGCUUAUCCUCAACGGUGAGUUGUUCCUUUGCUGGAGUAGGAGGGAAAUGCUAAUUGAUUGUAGAUACCCAUGCCGGACAUUCCAGUAGAGUGUGACUAAGGGGCGGUUUGAGGAAGGCGUCUUGUACAUAACGGAGAAUGGCAAAUUUUAGAUUUUCUAUACAGGGUGCUUCCAUUGGGCACAAUCGUAUAUUUGAGAUCGAAGCCAGCAAAAAAGAC